AUGUCCAUCUCCUCCGGCCGGACGCCCUCCGGCAGCUCCCACCGGAAUUGGUGCAGCAGGUGGCCGAGCAUCGACUGGACCAUGUUGAUCCCCAGCUGCGUUCCCGGACAGACCCGCCGACCGGCGCCGAAGGGAAGCAGCCGGAAGUCGUGCCCCUUGGCGUCGACAUCCUCCUCGGAGAACCUCUCCGGCCGGAAUACCAGAGGAUCCUUCCACACCGCAGGGUCCCGAGCGAUGGCCCAGACGUUGACCAGAACGUUGGAACCCUUGGGGACGUCGUAG